AUGGCAAAAUACGUUGUUUUAGGGGCAGGUAUCAUUGGUUUAUACACCACGUACCAUUUGAUACACACAUUGGGGAUCGAUGGAAAAGAUAUCAAGAUUAUUGCAGAGUAUUUUCCUGGGGAUCAGUCAAUCAACUAUACCUCACCUUGGGCCGGUGGUAACUUUUCCUGUAUUACCUCAGAUGACGAAGAUGUCUUGAGAUUUGAUGAAUUGACUUAUACAAAUUUACAAUCAAUCUUGGAAAAGAUUGGUAAAAGUGCAGGCUUAGCGAGAAAGAAAAGUACUGAAUUGUUUGAUACCUACCCUGGUGAUUUAAAAGUUGCUUCGUUAAAGAGUUAUCUUGAGGAGUUCAAGCCAAUCACAAAAGAUAAUUUACCAAAAGGUGUUGAAUAUGGUUUUACUUUUUUGGGUUGGAAUUUUAACUGUCCAAUUUUUUUAUCAAAUUUUUUGAUUUACUUAAAGUCAUUGGGCGUUCAAGUCUCUAGAACCAAAGUUGAACAUAUAUCACAAGCAUUCUUGCCAAAAUCAAAAGUUGUUUUCAAUUGUACUGGUAUUGGUGCACGUUCAUUACCAGGUGUUCAAGAUUCAAAAGUUUACCCAACUAGAGGCCAAGUUGUUGUUGUUCAAGCACCUCAUAUCCAAGAAAGCAGAAUGAGAUGGGGUGAAGAUUAUGCAACAUAUAUUAUUCCUAGACCAGACUCAAACGAUGAAUUAGUUUUAGGAGGGUUCUUACAAAAGGAAAACUGGACAGGUGAUACUUUCCUCUCUGAAACUGAAGAUAUCAUCAAAAGAACAACGGAAUUGUGUCCUGAAAUAUUGGAUCAACCUUUAAAAAUCAUGAGAGUUGCUGCUGGACUAAGACCAAGUAGACACGGUGGUGUUAGAAUUGAAGUUGAGAAUAUUGAAGGGAAAUAUUUGGUUCAUAAUUAUGGUGCAAGUGGAUAUGGAUAUCAAGCAGGAUUUGGAAUGGCGUAUAAGGCAAUUGAAUUAUAUGCCAAAGAAUCAAAGAUAAAAUCAAGUCUAUAA